AUGCCACAAGAUAAUAGGAUAAAUACCCAAUCAGAAGUAGACAUAAAAUUAAAUGAAAUAAUAACCACAGCGCUAUUAGACACAGGUGCAAGGCAUACAGUAAUAUCUGAAAAAUUAGCACAAAAACUCAAAACACCAAUAGAUAAGACAAAAACACGAACACUCAGAACAGCCGCAAUAGGAGGACGAAUGAACACAAUUGGAACAAUACAUCAUUUAAAAGCAAUAAUAGAGAAAGAACAAUACCCAAUAAAGAUAAAUAAUGUAUCAGUAAUAAAGGAAUUAGAUAAACAACUCAUAAUCGAAAGAACUGAAAUAAUAAAUAACGGACUAAUAAUAGAUUUAAAAAGAAAUAAAAUAAUGACAUGA